CAAACAGAAGAGUGAAGUGCCUUCCAAGCUCCAGACCAUGUGGAUACCUAUGAAGAUUCACUAUGUGACUGUUGUUCUGAUUCUGGGGUCUUGUAAACCUUAUUCAACAAAAUAUUAUCUUAUUGAUACAAUUCAGAGAGCAGGGGAGAGUGGAAGAAACCCUUCUGAAGGAUAUUCCAACCCUGUAGCAGUUGUCAAACCAGCCAUGCCAUCAAAACAAACUAAUGGAUCAGAUUAUGGAAAUAUCAAUUUUAAAAAUGAAUAUGAAUCAUAUGAAGAGGACUACCCUAAGUUUACAAAACACAAUUCCUUUAAAUCUUAUGAUGACGAUGAACAAUAUGAAGAGGAACCUCAAUCACCUGCUGAUGAUGUUUCUAAUGAACAAUAUAGAGAAGAUACUGAAAGCUUGAAUCAUGGUCCAAAUGGAAAAUUUGAAUAUGAGUCUGAUGAACAAAACUUUCAGAGGCCUAGUCAGGGAGGGGGUGGAGGAGGCUAUGGGCGCUAAACCCCCCUGAACCAGUGAAAUCUAUGGAUUUCAGUGGAUUUCCAGGCCUCAACAGAAGUGUUGAGCCCCCCCUGAAAAGACAAAAAAAUUAGAGCCCCCACCCUGGAGAAAGUCCUGACAACAUCUCUGGAAUCUUAAAAGAUCACUUUCAAAAUAAGACACAUAAUAAUUUUCCACUAUGAAUCUAUUUAAUAAAUACUUCCAUUUAGUUUA